GGGAAGUUUGAAAUCCUGUGUCGCUCAAAUCCACCCAUAUGAGACACUGCCAGCUGAGAGAGGACUGAACAUCCACCUCAACUCGCAGACAUGCAGAAUUGACGCUUUACUCCACCAUCUCCAUCCUAAUCUGCCACAGGAAUGAAGACCUUGACGAUUCAUUUAACACGAGAGUAGUAUGCUGGACGUGGGGAAGUGGCCGGUGUUCGCCCUCCUGCCCCCUGAGGAACUACGGCUCAUCCGUCAGGCCUGUGUGUUUGGCAGUGCUGCCAAUGAGGCCAUCUAUGUUACUGUCAAUGAUGAGGUGUUUGCUCUGGGCACAAACUGCAGUGGUUGUCUAGGUCUGGGGGACACUCAGAGCACCAUAGAGCCCAGGCGGAUCGACAUCUUGUGUGGGAAGAAGAUCAUCUCUUUGAGCUACGGCACUGGUCCACACGUGGUCAUCGCCACUGCAGAUGGAGAGGUUUAUGCCUGGGGUCACAACGGCUACAGUCAACUGGGAAACGGCACCACCAAUCACGGCCUGACGCCCGCACUGGUUUCCACCAACCUCAUUGGGAAGCGGGUGACGGAGGUUUCCUGCGGUUCUCACCACACCAUAGCCCUUACCACAGAUGGAGAGGUAUACGCCUGGGGCUACAACAACUCGGGUCAGGUGGGCUCUGGAUCCACAGCCAAUCAGCCCACUCCUCGGCGGGUCAGCAGCUGCCUGCAGAACAAGGUGGUGGUGAACAUCGCCUGCGGACAGCUCUGCUCUAUGGCCGUCCUGGACAAUGGAGAGACAUACGGCUGGGGUUAUAACUGCAAUGGGCAGCUCGGUUUGGGCAACAACGGCAAUCAGCAAACCCCUUGCCGGAUCGCCGCCUUACAGGGAAUCAACAUCAUACAGGUGGCGUGUGGAUACGCUCACACACUGGCUCUCACAGACGAGGGAUUUGUUUACUCUUGGGGAGCGAACUCUUAUGGGCAGCUGGGCACAGGCAAUAAGAGCAACCAGGCGGUGCCCACCCUCAUCAACAUGGACAAGGAGAGGAUGGUGGAGGUUGCUGCAUGUCACACCAGUCACACAUCAGCAGCCAAAACUCAGAGCGGUCAGGUGCUGAUGUGGGGUCAGUGUCGCGGUCAGGCUGUGGCGUACCCUCACCUCACCCACUUCACCAGCACCGACGAUGUCUUCGCCUGCUUCGCCACACCAGCCGUCACCUGGCACCUGCUGUCUGUGGAUGGAGACGACUAUCUGACUGUUGCCCAGUCGCUAAAGCGAGAGUUCGACAGCCCUGACAUCUCUGACCUCAAGUUCCUGGUUGACGGGAAGUGUAUCCACGUGCAUAAAGCCCUUCUUAAAAUCAGGUGUGAGCAUUUCCGAGCACUGCUGAAUGAAACCGACGAAGAGACCAUUGAGAUUCAUCAGUUCUCUUAUCUGGUGUAUCGUGCGUUCCUGGAGUACCUGUAUACUGAUACGAUCAACCUCCCCCCUGAAGAUGCAAUCGGUCUGCUGGAUUUGGCCACAUAUUAUCGUGAGAGUCGUCUGAAAAGACUGUGUCAGGAGACCAUCAAGAGAGGAAUCACAGAGGAGAAUGCUAUAACACUGCUGUCAGCGGCGGUCAAGUAUGAAGCACGGGUCUUUGGUGGUGGUUCUGUUUCUCUCUGAAUCCGUGCGUCCGCUCUCCAUGUGCAGGAUCUGGAGGAGUUCUGCUUCAAGUUCUGCGUCAACCACCUGACGGCUGUCACUCAGACGCAGGCCUUCGCUGACAUGGACCACGACCUGCUGAAGAACUUCAUCAGCAAAGCCAGCCGCUACGGGGCCUUCAAAAACUGACAGAUCCAGCGUAGAAAGAGAGAGAGAGAGAGAGAGAGAGAGAGGUAUUCUGUUCUGGAUUGUUAAUUUCAAAUACCUCGGAUUUGGAGAGACAAAAGCCAAAUUCUUGAGGUUUUGAGGGUGGAGAAGUGGGAAACCACUGCACUGGUUGUCUUCAGGGUCCCAGUGCCUUUACAUUUGAUCCCCAUCUGAAGCACCAUGAAAGACUGGGUUGAAAGGGACCAGGAAGGUGUAAAAGAUUCAUUGUAAAAAACAUUAACUCAGCUUCAAGUAAACAACUUUGACUUAACAUUGACUCAACAACAAAAUUGUAAGGCAACUUGCUGUACAGUGUUUUUUUAGUUGAGUCCACUGAAAUCCUGUCAUCUGAAGUACUUGGGUUAAAAGUUGAGUCAAUUCCUAAAGAAGCUGUGUAGCCUUACAAUUUGAAGUUGACUCGACUUAAAAUAGUAAAGCUGCACAGUUUUUUUUAAGUUGACUCCACUUAUAUCGUGUCAUCAGCAGUACUUGGCUUAAAAGUUGAGUAAAGUCAAAAAAAGCUGCGCAGCUACACAGUUUUAAGUUGAUUUGACCUAAAAUUGUAAGGCUGCAGAGUUUUUUGAGUUGACUCUACUUGAAUCGUGUAAUCCGCUGUACUUAAAAAGGGUUAAAAGUUGAGUCAACUCAAAAAAAAAGUUGUAUUACAAAAAAAAAUUGAGUUGACUCAACUGAAGUCGUAUAAUCUGCAGUACUUGGGUUAAAAGUCGAGGGAACUCAAAAAAAAAAAAAAAACUGCGCAGCCGUACAAUUUAAAGUUAACUUGACUUAAAAUUGUAAGGCUACACAGUUUUUUUUGAGUAAACUCCACCUAAAUCGUGUCAUCUGCAGUACUUGGGUUAAAAGUUGAGUCAACUGAAAAAGCUGCGCAUCCUUACAAUUUUAAGUUGACUGGACUUAAAAUUGUAAGGCUGCACAGUUUUUUCAGUUGACAGCACUUAAAUGGUGUCAUCUGCUGUACUUGGGUUAAAAGUGGAGUCAACUCAAAAAACAAACAAACUGUGCAGCCUUACAAUUUUAAGUUAACUUGACUUAAAAUUGUAAGGCUGCACAGUUUUUUUUUUGAGUAAACGCCACCUAAAUCGUGUCACCUGCAGUACUUGGGUUAAAAGUGGAGUCAACUUAAAAAACUGUGCAGCUUUACUGUCUUAAGUUAAGUCAACUUAAAAUUGUAAGGCCGCAGUUUUUUGAGUUGACUCCACUUAAAUCAUGUAAUCCGCUGUACUUGGGUUAAAAGUGGAGUCAACUAAAAAAACAAACAAACUGUGCAGCCUUACAACUUUAAGUUGACUUGACUUAAUAUUGUAAGGCUGCACAGUUUUUUUGAGUUGACUCAACUUAAGUCAUGUCAUCUGCUGUACUUGGGUUAAAAUUUGAGUCAACUCAAAAACUGUGCGGUUUUACAAUUUUAAGUCGAGUUAACUUAAAAUUGUAAGGCCGCACAGUUUUUUGAGUUGACUCCACUUAAAUCGUAUCAUCUGCAGUAAAAGGAUUAAAAGUCGAGUUAACUCAAAAAAUCUGCACAGCCUUACAAUUUUAAGUUGACUGGACCUAAAAUUAUAAGGCUGCAGUUUUUUUUUAGCUGACUCCUCUUAAAUUAUGUCAUAUGGUUUACUUGGCUUAAAAAUUGAGUCAACUCAAAAAAAAAAAAAAAAAAAAAAAAAAAAAGCUGCGCAGCCUUAAAAUUUUAAGUUGCGUUAACUUCAAAUUGUAAGGCUGCACAGUUUUUUUUUUGGAGUAGACUACACUUAAAUUGUGUCAUCUGCAGUUAACUCAAAGCUGUGCAGCCAUAGAAUUUCAAGUUGACUCAACUUUUUAUUUGUUUGUAAUGAUUGAAAUCACUGAACAAACAAAAAAAGGAAGGGAUUGAAAUAUGAAAAAGCAAAAGGGAAGAACCGUUUUGUGUAUAUGAGAUGGUUGAUCGAGAAAGACUUCUUCAUUUGUUUUCCUAAUAGAUUUACAGCCUGAAGUUUAAAUUUAAAGGGACCGUACACCCAAAACUGAAAAUUCCGUCAUCUUCUUCAGAACCAUUCAGUUAACAUUGACUUUUAUAGUAUUUGUUUUCCCAACUAUGGAUGAUAUUUCUAAAAAUUUGAACCACUUGAGAGAGAAUAAAUAAUGAGUUAAUUUUGUUUUGGGGGAACUGUUCCUUUAAGAGAUUAUUCGACAGGUUAUCCAUCCUAAAUUGGUCUCCUAUUGUCACAAUGGCCUUUAUAAAUCUGGCCAACAACCAAACAAAGAUGAUCCUGUGUCAUUGGAGAUCAUGAUUCAUUUUUUUUUCUUCAGACCUUAGCAGGAGCUUUGAUGUAGCAAUACGUCACAUUUAGAGUGUUCUAGCAUUGUUUUGAAAUGUACUAUAGUGACUUUGGCACUAGAUUAAUUUACAGA